AUGGCUGGUGUUCUUUUUUGGGUGAUAUGUCCCAAAGAGAAUGCCACCGCUUUACUUAGUUUGAUACCAAGGAGUGUUAAACAGAAGAGGUCAAGGUUGUGUCCGACACUCAAGUUCUCAACAGGGGUCUCAGCCUUUUCAAGUGCAGUAGCAAACCCUGCAAGAUCUUCAGAGGAGAAGGUUUAUGAGGUGGUUUUAAAGCAGGCUGCGUUGGUUAAAGAACAGAGACAAAAGAAAAAUUUGGAUUUGAAACGAGCAGCUGAAACUGAUGGUAUGACAGAUUGGGAUCUCUUGAAAGAAGCUUAUGAUAGGUGUGGUGAAGUCUGUGCCGAGUAUGCUAAGACUUUCUACUUGGGUACAUUACUUAUGACACCAGAGCGUCGGAGAGCUGUCUGGGCGAUUUACGUGUGGUGUAGAAGGACUGAUGAGCUUGUGGAUGGACCUAAUGCUUCACACAUCACACCCAGGGCUCUUGACAGAUGGGAGAGAAGAUUAGAUGACCUUUUUGAAGGUCGUCCCUAUGAUAUGUUUGAUGCUGCUUUGUCUGAUACGGUCUCAAAGUACCCUGUAGAUAUACAGCCCUUCAAGGACAUGAUAGAGGGAAUGAGGUUAGAUUUAAGGAAAUCGAGAUAUAAGAACUUUGAUGAGCUCUACCUUUAUUGCUAUUAUGUUGCUGGGACAGUGGGACUAAUGAGUGUUCCAGUAAUGGGAAUUGCACCUGAAUCAAAGGCAUCGACAGAGAGCGUCUAUAACGCUGCAUUAGCCCUUGGAAUUGCUAAUCAGCUUACUAAUAUACUCCGAGAUGUUGGCGAAGAUGCUAGGAGGGGAAGAAUAUAUCUACCAGAAGAUGAACUGGCACGUGCUGGCCUUUCAGACGAUGACAUAUUUUUUGGCCAGGUAACAGACAAGUGGAGAAAUUUCAUGAAAGAUCAAAUAAAACGAGCAAGGAUGUUCUUUGAUGAGGCUGAAAAAGGUGUUACGGAGCUAAAUGCAGCUAGCAGAUGGCCAGUGUGGGCAUCACUGAUGCUAUAUCGACAGAUUUUAGAUGCCAUUGAAGCAAAUGACUAUAACAACUUCACCAAAAGGGCUUAUGUUGGAAAAGCAAAGAAAUUUGCAUCACUUCCAGUGGCAUAUGGAAGAGCACUUAUGGGCACUUCUAAAUUGUUCGACUUGUCACGUACUUGAAUUCUUUUUUCUUCAUCUCUCUCUUGCCUUUUUUUCAAUGGCCGUUUCUUUUGACUUGUCACAUUGCCUGGAUGCAACAAGUUACUGGUCUGUAAAUUGUCUUACUACUGAUUACGUGGGCAAAAAGCAAGAUGGUAUAGGGAUCAGUUAAAAUGUGUAAUAUGUUUCCAAGUUUAGUGAAGUUGAAAAGGAAAAGUUUCUCCACUAUGUAGAUGUCAGUAGACAGUUGAGCAAAUUUAUUGGCUACCAUAUUCUACUUAACAAUUAUAUAUAAACAGUGGUGGAUUCCAGGUGUGAGGAUUUCCAGGUAAA